UCCUUUCUUUCAAAAUGUUGAUGCCGACGCGGGCACAUCCUUUCUUUCCUCUAAUCGCGCAUCGUUUCUUUCUCGGUAUCUGAAAUCUUUGGCACAUCGUUUCUUUCCUCUAAUCGCGCAUCGUUUCUUUCUCGGUAUCUGAAAUCUUUGGCACAUCGUUUCUUUCCUCUAAUCGCGCAUCGUUUCUUUCUCGGUAUCUGAAAUCUUUGGCAAGUCGACGGAUUUGGUUCUGUUAUGUUCGUGUUGCUCCCCCACUAUCUCUUCCAGACCGAGCCUGAGCCGGUCAGCCGGCGACGAAGGCGAGGCUGGACCGAGCCGAAGGCGGCGCUCGACGCGGAGGCGGCGGCGCCGACGGAGGCGAGGAAAGCACUUCGGGGUGGGGUGGAGGGGCACGCCGGCGUCGGAGAUAACCACUGCUCCCGGGGCUUCGAGGGAGGCCCCGGGCAGCGGCGGACCGGCGGUAGAGGCGGUUCGGGGAGGGCGGGGCGGCGAGGCGGGCACGGCAACGCCGCCGGCCGCGGGUGGCCGGAUACAGCCGGUGGGCACGGUUGACGGGCGGCUCAGGCGAUGGCGGCUGAGAUGGGGAAGAAGGACUGGAAGAGGCGGCGGUGUCAGCUACAGAGUAUGGUUGAGAAUUGGGGAGCCCCGGUAGCAUGUGUAUUGCCCCCAUGGAUAUUGAUAUCCCCUUAGUGAACAGAAGCGAUCUCCAUGAUCUGCUCAAAGACACAGAAUAUAGUCAAGACAUAUAUGAUGUACUGAGUACCGACGAGACAAAUCUGUCAUAUCUUGGAGCGCCAUACAAAUGUUUGCUCAAUGACCAAGAUGAGGAAAAUGUGCAAGCAGCGAGAGCACGUGUUAUCAGAUGGAUUCUGGACAGCAAGACUGGCAAUGGAUUAUGCUGCAUAUUGCCAGAAACUGUGUUCUUGGCGGUCAACAUAAUUGAUCGGUUCCUUGCUGUGCAAAAUGUGCCAUUGAAUGAGCUACAUCUUGUUGGAGCUGCUGCUUUACUCCUAGCCGCCAAAUAUGAGGAGGGAUUUGCAUGGAACAUCAAGCAGUAUGUAUUCAAUACAUCAAAAUGCCGCAAGGAAAAAAUUGUUGCUGCUGAGAAGCUUGUCUGGGAUACACUUGAGGGACAACUGAAAGUGCCUACCUCCUACCAAUUCCUGAUGCUCAUCCUUAAUACAUGCUCUAUUUCCUGUUCAGCAGAAGAAUCGAGAAGAUUGGAGAGGAAUACACUUUCACUAGCAAAGACCGCAUUAUUGCACUACACAUUUGUAGGCGCAGUACCCUCACAGAUAGCAUGCAGCUGCAUCUAUAUUGCAAGACAGAAAACAGGACUUAUUCCAUGGGACCAAACGUUGAUGAAGUUUACAGGCUACCACCAGACUCAGUUAGUGUUUUGCAUUGAUAAGCUACAGAGACUUAUUCAAUCUCCUACAAGACCUCGUACUCCUCCGCCUUUGCCGCCAACAGCCACUCGGAUUCCAGGGCCACACCAUCCCCAUAGUGAUUUUGGCACUCAUCCCUUGCCACACCCUCAGUGCACUGGUUUUGACAAUCGCUCAACUCAGUCCGAUCUGCCUACACGACCUCACUAUGGUCGGCCAUCCCUUGCCCCAACAGUUUGUCCGUGGAAUAAAUUGGAGAUGCCUGGUGCCACUCUUCCUCCACAGCCACCACAGCCUAAUGAUCAGCUUCAUCAUUGCCAUUCUUUCGAAGUUCGGAAACCUCCUAUUGAGAGGAGGGUUAACAAUACCAAUACUUGGUUAUGCUGUUUGCCAUUGAUGCUUCUUUUUAUGCUUUAUGGCCUCCGUACCACAGUAUGUGUUCUGAUUGUAUGUGCCUGGUGGUUUGGGUAAGGCAAAGUAAUGGAAAUCAUAGAUCCAGGUAUACUUGUAAUGAGAAAUCAGAUCAAUUGACCAGGAUUCUCAAGCAGCUCCACUUGCCUCUCAUUGGCAAUCCAAUUUUUUCAUAGUUUGCUGUCGCAAUUAGAUUAGAAAUAAUCCAUGUACCGCUUACCUGCAAAAAUUAGAUAUUCUCAUAGUGGCUUCUCUACACUUGUAUAAAUGGCGGCCAUAGGUCUGUGCAGUAGUGCACACUGUGAUGAUGUUGGUGAUCUGUAAUUCCUUUUAUGGAUUUAAACCCAGAUUGGGAAUCUGGAAUGUACGUGAUUUAAAUGACUCCGGAAAAAGAGAUGUGAUGAGA